ACGGUAGGUGGAGCUUUAGCCGAAGGUGUACACGGUGUACGCGAAGGGUGAAACUGACAGGCGUAAAACAAAGGUAGAAGGAACAAACCCUAGUAGGUGUAGAACGAAGCUGGAGUUACAGUAAAGGCGGAAAUAUUUUGUUGUCGCUCAAGCUAAAAAAAAAAAAAAGUCUGGACUGUCGGACUGAAACGACCGAGCAGUCCUGGUCCACAGCAGCAGCAGGAUGGAAGCAGCUCCUGGAUAAAGUCAACCAUGUCUCCUGCUGUUUACCUGUCACUCUUGGUUGUGUUACUGUGUCACCUGCGGGUCGGCGCGGGAUCCUAUGUCCUCAGGAACCAGGCUGAGUGGUCUCCAGAUACAACACUAACCAUGAUGUCCCAAAGCUACGAAGACAAGGUUUGUGAGAUCUGAUAGUAGACUGUCGACAAAGUGAGGAUCUCUACUGUGAUUAUUGUGGGAUUUGAUUUCCAGGCGAGUGUAUGUUUAUCGGGCAGGUAGUCAGCAGGUUUUCCGACUGUCACAUGACUGGUAAAGAAACACGACAGACAUGCAUAAAGUUUAAGAGCUCUGUUAAAUGUGACAUGUGCAUGUUCACAUGACAGCAGGGCAGACGGAGUCUCCACGGUCCCCUGAUUUCCUCCAGGCGAGGAGAGUGUGUAACAAGUGGGGACAGGGCUCACCUCUGUCAUGUUUCUCCACACACAGAGGUUCCACAGAGCCCUAACACAAAACUUUCAACUUUAUAAAGACUAAAUUUAUAUGUAAAAUGACACUCAGACUGGAAAGUUUGGACUUUUUUCUCUUCAUAGAAAUCAUAGAAUUUACAGCAAAUGUUGAAAACUUUUUGAUUUCAACAUUAUUAUUUGAUCUCAGCAGCUGCAUCACUGCUCUUUUCAACAUUUUACCCCCAAAAGCUUUAAAAAAAACAGCUUUUCUUAAAACUGUCAUAUCACUUUUUCUAAAUCCUCAUGUAAUGAAAUUUUAUGAUCUGUUUUAUUAUAAAAUGAUGCAAAAAAUGUUUAGAGCAAAAUCAAAAUGCUCCCUGUCACAAUACAGAGGUUCUUUUCAAUUCAGGACAGUCCGUAUAAUCUCAGAGGUGCUUGCGAAUUUAUUGUACAAAAAGUUAAAAAAGCUAUGAAAAGGAGUUGUGUCUCUGUUACUGGAGUUAAAUUCUGGAAUGAUGCCUAUAUACAUCUAAAAACAUGUCAGUCUUUUUUGUUUUUUUUAAAGAAAAUGGUUUGUAAAGCUUUUUUUGAAGCCUAUAAGUGUGAUUAAUUAUCUGUUGUUGUGCUUUCUUUGCUUUUCUGGAGGUCGGUAGCCUAAAAAAAAAAGUUGACAACACAGGAUAGGCUUUUUUAAGCAGCCUGCUUCUGCCUAUGCCUUUUCAGUCGGUGUUCAACACAUGAUUCGAUUCUUGAUUUGGUGAUUUUGUGUGGAAUGUCAAUGUUCUGUACAGUAUUUGGUGUUGUCAUGACUGACGACUACUUUUAAUUCAUUAUCACUGCAAAGUACAACCUCAAUAGUAAACAUAUGUCAAAAUCAUAACAUAAAUCAAAACAACAAAUCAAUAUCAACUUGAAUAAUGAGUCAUUACAUUCAUGGAUGGUGUGUUGGACUGCGCUUAAUUAUAAAAGUGUUCCUCUUUAAAUAGACUCUGAGUGUUUCUACUGUUAAAUAUUACAUAAAUCCUUCGCUGGAUGAGGCAGUGUUGAGAGUUAGUAAGUAGGACUGCUUUAAACCAAAAUUAAGUUGUUUCAAAACUCCUGCUUACAGCAACAUGUCAAGGAUGAUUAUUUAUCAUUCAUUAUUAUUGUUUGUUUCUUUCUGUGUGUUUGUGUUUAGUGUGACGUUGUGAUGAACCUCAAUGCUUCAGACCGCUGUGCCUUUGUGAAGAACACGUCUGAUUGUUCUAUGGAGGACGGCUUCAUUAACUACAUUAAAGUUGCCUUCUGUCUACUUCCCACCAACCUCACACCCCUCGUCAUAACUCUAUGUGUAAGAGCUCAUAAACUUACCCUUUGUAGUUUGGGUGUGUGAGUGUGAGAGUGAAACUGAUUCUCAAGACCAGCUGACCAUUUGAGGAAGUUAACUCUGCUGAGGGCAGACUAGGGAACGAUCAGACUUUGGUUAUUUCAGCCUUUGCUCAAUAAUAGAUUUUUUUGUAUAAAUAAGUGACCUGAUUGAUUAGCGUUGUUUGCAACAGAAGUAAUACGACUGUAACACUGAAAGUUGCAUAAAUCUGUCUGUGUAUAAAACUAUUGAUAUGUGUUUCAGAUUAGGAACAGCAGGAUCAGAGUGGUCAAAUAAGGGCAUGUUUUUGAGGUUCAGUGUGGUCAGUCUGGAUCCUGUUUGCAUGUCUGUCUGAGUGUGACCAACUCAAGCAGUACUUGUGUUUUCUCUGAGUGUGUUAAAAGAAAACUUCUGCUUCUUCACAGAUUAUAUGGCUGCUCUUUCUUUUCGUCAUCCUCGGACUCACAGCGUCUAAGUUGUAAGUGUGUCACACUCUCAUGUGUCAAUACACGCUAUUGUUCCCUUUUGUGUGCUGGGACCAGCCCCCAGUAGCCUGAAUAAAUCAUUCAUUUUUGAUUGAUACGUUUCAGCCCUGGAAAAUGUAACACUGUAUUAACAUUGUGCAAACUGAACACAGACACAGACAAACAAACUCACUCAUGCCCUCAGUUUGUUUAGUUUAUCUGUCAGAUGACCAGAGUUUUUCAAGGCUGGAAAAAAACACAAGUUGUAAGACUGUGAGAUUUCAUCAAAGGAAGUUCAGUUUGUUCUGCAUGUUUUCUGCGUCACCUCACUUCGCUGAAAACUGCUGCAAAAAAACAAACUGAACAAUGUUAAUUAGAAACUCAAGGAUGCUAUAAAUCUCUUUUUAUUUGAACAGUCUGUGUUUUCUAUUCCACAGUUUCUGUCCCAACCUCUCAGCCAUCUCUACCAGUCUGCACCUCACUCACAACGUGGCUGUAUCCUUUUUAUUUAUCUCCUACGAUCUCCUGCUUGCUUAGAUUUUAUGUACAAUCUGGUCAAAGCAGUGAUACUGCUGACUCACUGAAACACUUCCUCUCUAAGAGAUUUGUUGCAGUUAAGAAAUGUUUUUCUCUCAAGUAUUUUCUUUGACUUGCUGAGGGGGUGACAUUUCUCGCUCUCGGUAACGGAGCUCCUGACAUCUUCAGUGCCAUGGCUGCUUUCUCAAACCCGCACACUGCCGGGCUGGCUGUUGGAGCCUUGUUUGGUAAGCGCAGUCUCCACCAGGUUGUGAAAAAUGAACACCUCAAGCUUUAUUUAUUAUUCAAACCACUUGGUUGUCCUUUUCCUCAUCAUGUUCAAUCUCUCCUCCCUGUUAGGAGCCGGGAUAUUCGUCACCACAGUGGUUGCCGGCAGCGUGGCUCUGGUGAAGCCUUUCGCUGUUGCCUCACGUCCAUUUUUGCGUGAUGUCACCUUCUACAUGGUGGCUGUGUUUUGGACUUUCGUCAUGUUGUACAGAGGGACCACAACACUGAAAGAAACACUCGGUACACACAAACUCUGGUUUCUCUUUUGGUUUUCUCUCUUUCUCACCAACAUUGAGAGCCAUUUUCUGUUGAACUUGAGAGAAAGCUAGCCUAAGUGAUGUUUGUUAGUAAUUCACAUUCUUAUAUAUCCUAUGAUUCCUGUCCUCUGAAAACACAUUUUAAUCAGUUAAAGUGUAAAAGACUGCAGCCAUGAGAACUUAAGUGUUUCCCGGUGUAUUGCUAUAUUGCUUCAAGUAAUAUUAACCUUAUUUCUAUGGCACUUUUAAAAACAGGAUUUUACAAAGUGCUUCGACAGUUUACUUUAAUAAGACAAAGCAUUAAAAACAGAUGGAAAAGACAAUACCCCAGCACAAAAAAGAAACCUACCCCCUGCUGGUUUUCUCCACUAAAACUGUUUGGACAAGCCUUGGAACAACUUUCCACUUUCACUGUUAGCGUUUAAGAUUUUCCCAACACAGCCUGAUCUCCCCUUUAUUGCUUCAUCUCCUCUCCCUAGGCUACCUUAGCCUCUACGUGAUCUAUGUAUUGACUGUUAUCAUCAGCGCAUAUAUCUACAACAGGCAGAAACAUUCACUGACCUCGAGUGACCGCAGUGUUACACGUAUUCCAGGUAAAACAUUAAAAAUAAAAAGAAAGACACUCUCACACAGAUGAAUUUUAAAAGCCGUUCAACCUCUAACAGGGAGAAUAUAAUUUUCUUUGCAGCAGAGUUUCACUCAUCGGAGUCGUCAGAUGAUGAUGUGCCUUGUCUGUUGGACGGGUCCAUCCAGCAGGACUAUGGUAGGAAUACUGCUCCUCACUGAAAGCAACAAUGUAAGUAAAUGUUCACCAAAAUCUUUCUGCACAAACAGGACAAAAAAAAUGCAUUUGUGUAUUUCAGAGUCAGAGUACAGACCACUUCUGCCAUAUUCUGAGACAACGACCCACAUCCUGCUUAACGCUUUGAACCCAGUGGACGGCAGAAAGUGGAGGAGGAAAUCAUGGAGGUGGAGAGCCCUCAAAGUGCUGAAGGUUUGUUUGAUUUUGAGCAGAAAUGAAGGGAAGUGUUAAAUGCAUGAAUUUGUUCCUGCUGUUGUUGAGACACUCGUGUCUGGCACUCAUCAGACACCUAUAGAGGUCCUGCUGCUGCUCUGUAUCCCUGUGGUCGACCCUGACAAGGAGGACAAGAACUGGAGGCGCCCACUAAACUGCAUCCACCUUAUCACAUCGCCUCUAGUGUGCGUGCUCACCUUCCAGUCUGGAAUAUGUAAGUGUAUCACUCCUCCCGAUGAAUGUUGCUAACAUUUUGUAGCAGAGGAAAGACGUGGCAACCCUCUUCUUCUUCUUUUUUUUUUUUUUUACCAUGUUUCACGUCUAGAUGGAACUUACAUGAUCAAAGGGGAGUUCCCUCUCUGGCUGCUGACUCUGCUGCUGGGAUUUUUCCUGUCCUCCAUUGUCUUCUGCACGACCACAAAUGACUGUCCUCCAAGAUACCACUCAGUAAGCAGGAGGAAGUGAGAUGAGCGGGAGGAUGGGGUUACCAACUUUCAGAUCUUGACAAUAAGCAACAGAAUGCUACUGGCAUUAAUUUAUGUCUACAAGAAUUGUGACUUUGUGAUGCAGUAUUUGAAGCUUUAAAGCUCAGACUGAGAUGCUGACUUAAAGGGAUAUACCGGCGUAAAAUUAAAUUAGGUUCAAACACACUGUAACACCGAGUUAGACGCUCCAUUGAGAGAUGAAUGUUGCAGACGGCUUGCUUCUCUAGUUAUACCAACUUAAGUAACGACCGCACGAUAGCAAUACACAGCGGUCCCAGGAGCCAUGUGCUCAACCAAAACGCCACUCUGUAUCCACAAAUAAUGCUCAGAACAGCACCUAACUUCAUCAACAGUACAUAUAGGGUCCUAGCCACAGCACUAACCAUCGAUUAAGUUAGGUGCUGUUCUGAGCAUUUUGUGUGGCUAUAGAGUGGCGUUUUGGUUGACCGCGUGGCUCUUAAGACUGCUGUGUAUUGCUAUCAUGCGGUCGGUACUCAAGUUGGUAUAACUAGUGAAGCAAGCGGUCGGCAACAUUAGUCUCUCGACAGGGUGUCUGACUCGGUGUUACAAUGUGUUUGAUCCUAACUUAAUUUUACGCCAGAAUAUCCCUUUAAUAACGUGUCAAGUUUUUCAUGUCUAGCAUCCAAAGUGUGUGGACAUGCUAAUAGUUGAUUAGCUCUAAAAAAAAAAAAAAAGAUUUUUAUGCAAGUAAAGCUUUGGUUGAUUAAGGAUAGAGAUCAUAAGAAUAUAGAAUAUAAGAAUAUAGAUGCUUCAUCUGUCAUCACAACCAUACAGUAAUAGUCAUUUUUUAAGGCGUUUUGUUGACAGGUGUUUUACAUGUGCUAUCAUUAGGAAACAUCCAUGUAACUAUUUGUCUUUUUCUCCCUGCAGCUGUUUUCUCUCCUGGGUUUUGUAGUGAGUGCUGUAUUGAUCAGUGCAGCGGCCUCUGAAGUGGUCAGCCUCCUGCACAUGCUCGGUGUGGUGCUGAGUCUGAGUAACACUGUGUUGGGUCUGACACUGUUAGCCUGGGGAAACAGCAUAGGAGGUGAUAUCCGUGAACCGAUAUUUUUCCCCUUUUUUUUUGAAGAGUGGACAAAAACAUGUUUUUAAACUUUAAACCUUUGCACAUUUUUCUCUCUUUUAUAGACUGUUUUUCUGACAUAACCAUCGCACGGCAGGGAUACCCGCGCAUGGCAAUAUCUGCCUGCUUUGGAGGCAUCAUUUUCAGUAUCCUUAUCUUUUUAUGACAACACGUGUCAUUUUAUUUCACACGUACAACGACUAUGUCCUUGACUGAAAUAACUUCAGACAUGGUGUUUGGAGUGGGUUUAGGAUGUCUGGUGCAGAUAUAUAAAACGCACUCGUAUGUGCAGGUAAGCUCAGAUACACAGUUAUUCAUUAUGGCUGAUAAAUACUGUAAAUAAGCAUGUUUCAUCUUUGUCUCUUUCUCCUCCUCAGUUUGAAGUUGAGGGUUUGCUGACGUGGAUUCUUGCCGGGUCUCUGGGUUUAUCUUUGGUCCUGUCGUUUGUCAUUGUUCCAAUCUGCCGAUUCCACCUAGGUCGACCGUACGGGAUCUUCCUCCUCGUUUUCUACGUCGUCUUUCUUGUCAUUGCACUGCUCACGGAGUUUGGAGAGAUCCACAUUGUAUGAUCUGACUUUGAGGCCAGUCUGAAACAGGGGAUGUCUUUUCAUACAGCGACUUGAACGCAGGCUACACUGACCGACACAGCAAAUCAAUGCACUAUUUAUAGGAGAAUCAAAAGUACACUCUGUGCACUACUCUGAAGAAUCAAAAGUGGCAACUUGUCUACAAACUCUCGCUCAGGAAGAGCUUGAACUAAUCAUCCCGUUGUGCCUUCAAAACAGCCACUUAUCUGGCUGACUGAAGCUCUGACGGCACUUUGAAAGUCCACAGGGAAGACACAUAUAUUUGUAAAUUAAAACAUUGUUAAUGCACUAAAUGUAUUGUGAAUCAACAUGUUAAAAUGACCUUGUACAAAACUGCAUUUGUGGCAUUAAAGUAAUCUGGGUUUGGUAUUUGUUUUAACAUGUUGUACACCAAUAUUAAUGUGUAAGUCUGUUUUUGUUUUCUGCAGUACAUUGAACAAUGUAGAUGAAUGAGUUACCAGCAUUAUUAGAAACAGCAAAAAUACACCGAUACAAAUUUUAACAGUUUAAUACAAUUCCUUAUCCGCUAACUAAAAUACAUUACAGAAAUAAGAAGUUAUAAAAAAGGAAAAUAAUUAAAAGUUUUUGGAGACAUUAGUUAGGAGAGACGUCGGGCUGGUAUUGUUGGGAUUGAGCUGAAAGGAGUGUAUCUGCGUGGAGUUUUGGUCUUUAUGUUUUAGUAGAGAUUAAUAGUUUGUAUGAGCCGCUGAUCUAAGGCAUCACGUUAAAGUCCUCUGUGGUUAACAGGAGGCCACAAAAGGCCUUCAAGAGUAUACAGUACGUACACAACAGGCGGUAAUAGUUCAGGCCCCUCGCUCAUGUCUGCUGCAGUCUUCAGAAAGGCCAAAAGAGGGCGGCAUCCUGUUUCAUUGGUCCAAUAACACAUCUCUACUCCAGUCAUUUAGUCCGUAUUGAUGGUUUCAGGCUUCAGGAAGGACUCGUAUCAAGUCAUUUCUUAUGAGUCCAUGAGGUCCCAGAUUUUCCCCCUCGCUGAAGUGAUUAUAUGUGGAGAUGUGGAAAACUCCUGGAGUGAUGGAUUUAUCUUAGCAGUUUAAAAACACUGAUAUAGUGGAGCAUAUGUACUGCUGGGACUUAGUUGAUGCUGAGAGGCCCAGUCUGCGAGUUGAGCUGAGGCUCGGGGAAGGAAGACAGGUCAGAAACGGGACAGUCCAGCUCCUGCUCAGGGAGCCCAGGGCUUUGGUUUGUCUGCGGCAGAUUUUCCCUUGAAUACUCUGCAUACCACUCCUGGAGAAAGAAGCACAGAAAAGAUGAGGAGAAUAUCAAACAUGAGGACCUCUCGGUAUUCAGGAGUAUCUUUUAAGAAUUACCUGUAUCUCCUCCUCGUACAUUUUCAUGCUAAGAUCACUCUUUGUUCUCGACCUGCGGCCGAGGUACACCAGAGAAGUGUGCUGUGUACACAAAACCAGGAGGGAAAACCAGUUAGUGGGACUUCAACUGUAGUACAGAGCAUAAAGAGGUACAGAGAGGUGUGGUUCUUACCCCGCCCCUGUCCAUGGCUUGUAGGACUCCCUGAAGAGAGCUGAGGGAGGACAGUCCUGAGCAGAACUGUUUAUACAGCUCCAAAAUGGCCAGAGAUUCAUCACGACUCACCUCUACCUCAAACACGAUACCGUUCUCAUCUAGAAAUGAACACAAAGUGAUGAUCAUAACUACACACACACUAAACUAGCAGCAAAAAAACCCACUUUGAGUAAGCUUUCUGUUUCUUUCUAUCUGCAUUACAAGGUGUUUUGUGUUAGAGUCAUACAAAGGUACCUUUUUAUGAAAAAAUACACCAUCACACAUGCAUUGUCUCACCCUCAGGGUUCUCCACUGGUUCCCUGUUCUUGCGACUGUAGUUCAUACGGAACACAAACGCAUCCAAAAUGAACGCCACAAUUAUGGUCAUCACCACCUUCAGAGGAACACAUUCAUAUUCAUAUUGGUAAGCAUGAAAAGAGACAAAUGUGUAGAUUUCUCACAAACAAGUCAGCAAAUAAAUCUGCACAUGGCCUCCUCACCAUGGUAACAAUGUAAAAGGUCAUAAAGUACAGCCGGCUCCAGUGGCUCGUCAUGGACGUGACCCCUUCCUGUGGAAAAGGGAACAAGGCAUUAAUGAGACGGUGGCAAUACUGCAGAGUGAUGACUGAUAGAGGAGCACACAGAAAUCAUGAGAUCUUACCAUAGUGAUGUACCAGUUAUUGACCACAGUCAGCUCAAACAGAGUCACUGGAGGAAAAAAACAGAUUUAUAUAAAACAGACAAAAUGCACAUUUUGCAAGAAAACAAAAAUCUGUCUCCACAAGCAGAGAAAAAAAAGUCAAAAACAUCAGCAAACCACACAAAACAGUCCCAAACAAAGCUCCAAUUCUGCUGUUUCAGUACUCUUUAAACCGUUGGCACAGCAGUGGCUCAGUCUGCAGAGACUUGGCUUGGGAACCGGCAUGACUGGUCCAAGUUCUGCUGCAGACUUAGUCUGGGAAUAGAACUGGUGGCUGGAGAGGUGCCAGUUCACUUUGUCGGCAUUGACAAGGUGCCCUUACGCAAAGCACCUUAUACCUUACUAUCUGGGCUGCUCAACUAUGUACAGUCUCUGACUCAAACAUCUCUGAAUUAAUGCACGUUUUUGAGGGUCCUGUCUGUGCAUGUGUCAGCAUGUGUAUGUCCUAAAACGAGUGGACUCACCGAAGCUGCUCAGAAUGUUGUUGAAGUUGUUGAGAUAAUAGUAGCCUUCUUCCAGCACUGUUUUGUUGCCAUGGGUGACAUUGAUCAGUCGGUAGGAGUCUGCCACUGUGCUGGUGCUAAAAAGGAACAAAGCAGAAAUGUGAAAGUUGAGGUCAUUGCUAUUGAUCAUUAUUACACUCUGGUGCUAAAUAGAAAUGAAUAUGUAACCAAGAGAGACAAGGUGAGAUUACCACAAAAUAAUGAUGAUGUCAUGACUCACUUGCAGCAGUUUGGAUGAACCACAUCAGCGAAGAACUCCAUCCCCACAAUCGCAAAAGAGUAGUAGAAGAUGAUCAGGGUCAGACCUAGACUUGCCAUCCUGGGAAAGAGCUCAAACAUGGUGUCCAACACAUUACGAUACCGCUGCUUUAUCUUAAACAACCUGUGGGAGACAACAGAAUGAGAUCCAGACAUAAAAGGAGGUAGAGGUGCAUACACAGAUGUAUAAUGUGUAUGAAUACAUGCAUACCGCAGCAGCUGGAGAGGUCUGAGAACAACGAUAAAGUAAAAUGGCUUCAUAUCAAAGGCCAGAGCAAUCAGGCCCAAG